AUGACAAACAGGGAGAACUGCUCCGCAGUAAAGCAGCUUGAUCGGGUACACAGAGGCCAUGGACCUGACUUUAGCGGACUUGAUAGGCACCUCAACUCUGAAGUUGCCAAAGUACACACCCGCAGCCAGGGCGGCGAGGGUGACGUAAAUUUGGGUCAGGUUGGCCAGGUUGUCUCUAGUGAAUGCAUCGUAGAUGGCCAGACCAAAAGGCUUGUUUUUGAUGUUUCUAAUCAAUUGGAUCAAGGCACCGUGGGACUCAAAGCCUCUGGCGGUGAGGGUAGUGGUGAAUCCAAGGAACGAGGUGACGAACUGGGUGGACGACGAAACAGUGAUGAUUGCCAGAAUUCCCGGGCCGAAACCGUAACCCUUAUCCAGAAGCUCCACCAGAAGGGCCGUGAUGAGCGCCAUGAACGUCAGCUGGACAAUGUAGGUCAGCUUGCUCCAAAUAGGCAAGGUUGCUUGCGAGGUGAAUUGGUCGACGGGGUCAAAGUAGCCGGCAAACGAGAGCAAGACGGCGUAGACCAGGGCGAUCAACACCGCGGUCAGUUUUUGCCAGGACUGGAAAAGCUCUCUAUCGGAUCUGGAUUCGAAGUUGAUUUUGAUGACUUUGAAGCCCGCAAGAAUCUGCCACAGGAAACCGGCCGUGACGACGGGCAACAGCCCGAACUCCAGCGCCGUUCCGGCCUGGGACGCAAAUGGGACCCGCAGCCAGCCAAAGGGGUCGGCUAUGCGGUCCUGCGCCACGUUACUCAGUGGAAGGCCGGCAAGCAAGUACACAGCGACCGAGGCGAUGGUGUAAACGAUUUUCUCAUCGAACUCGAUUUUCUGGUAAGGAUACUCGACUUCCGGCAGAAGCGAGACAAAAGGUUUAGCAAGGUCCAAUAA